AUGAAAUACCUCCCUCCCCUGACUGUUGCGUUCCUCUUGUUGAACACUGCAUGUGCCGACUAUGCAAGCGAUGCGGAAUCAGCGAUCAAACUGCUCCAGGACAAGUGGUACAACACAGAGACUGGCUUAUGGGAUGACAUGUGGUGGCAGUCUGGCAACAUAGUAGAAACCAUCGCCAAGUUCGGCAAACAGGACGAAGACUUCAAGCAAGCAGCCAUUGACAUUGUCUCCAACACAUACGCGAAGUCUGGCAACCAAAAAGGCUACAAAUCUUGGAAAAACGACUUUUACGAUGACGAAGGCUGGUGGGCAAUGGGCUGGAUUGCCUCUUACGACUUGACAGGCGACACAAAGUACCUCGACACUGCGAAGGACCUGUUCGAGGACAUGACCGGCGGCCGGACCACGCCGUGCAAAGGCGGUAUCUGGUGGAGCAAGCCCAAAGAAUACAUCGCCAUCAUCUCCAACGAGCUCUUCCUCGCCGUCGGCGCCUCCCUAGCCAACCGGGUCGCAGCCGAAGAGAAAGCCAACUACCAGAACUGGGCACAGAUGCAAUGGGACUGGCUCUACAACUCCGGCAUCAUCAACAGCGACAAACUAAUCAACGACGGCAUCGACAAGACAUCCUGCCAGAACGACGGCAAAACAACAUGGACCUACAACCAAGGCGUCGUCCUCGCCGGCCUCUCGGAACUCGCUCGCGCAAAAUCCGACGGCGGCCUGAUCGACCACGCCAACGACCUCGCCCGCGCAUCCAUGGCUAAGCUGAGCGACACGGGCAUCUUGACGGAGCCGGCCCAGCACCCUCUCGAUCAGCAGGGCGCCAUGUUCAAAGGCGCUUACGUCCGGGGUCUAUCCUCGCUGAACAAGAAUAAAGGCCAGGCAGCGUAUGCCGAGUUCCUGAAGAAGAACGCUGAUUCGGUGCUCGCGGAUGCGAGGGGUGGAGAUGGCGUUAUUAGGGAUCGCUGGCAGGGUGGGUCGAAUGGGUCGAAUGCCGCGAGUCACGCCGCGGGGAUCGAUGUCCUGGUUGCUGCUCUGCAGGCCUCGACGUGA